UCGCGGCGGUGCGGGAGCCGGGGGACGGCGUGCGGGAGCCCGGCGGCGGCGGGGCGCGAUGCCCGAUGCACCGCCUGGGCCGCCGGCGUCGGGGCUGAGGGAGGCAGGCGGGAGCGCUGCCGCGAACGCAGCCCGGGGCCUCGGCUAGGGAGCUCUGCCGUCCCGCAAUAAACACUCUGCGCCGAAUGGGUCUUGUCCCUUGCAGCACGCUGCCAGCUGGUACCUCCCUCCUUUCUGAAGCGUAACCGGGGAGGGGGGUGGAAAGCGAAGGAAGUUUGGUAUUUAUUUUUUUCUUUAGGCUUUGGAAAGGGAUUCCCUCUCCCUCCCUCUGCGGAGGGCUGUAGGACGGAGUGCGGUGGCGGAGGAGAGGGGCACAGCUGGGAAGGGGGCUGUCCGGAGCCUUGUUCCCCCCACCCCCGUCGCCUUGUACCUGGGGGUGCUGGAUGUAAGCUCUGCGGAGCUCCUCCAAGCGUAACAGCAGCGGCUCGGCAGAUGUAGAUGCGGGCGUGUGUGUAUGCUUAACCCUUUCUUGGCUCCUCGGAUUUGUACCAUGCUGAAGAUCCUCACCAAAAAGCUCAGGAACCAGAGUUUGAAUGAAAUUCAACCUUUCCAGCUAAAGAUCUCCUACCCCCCAAGUGAUGAGGACAGCGACGACUCUGAGGGAGAGAACCAGGAACUUGCUCAGAUUGACAGAGAGAGAAGACGGAAUUGUACCUUGACACCUCUGGCCACCAAUCAGCUCCAGAACCAGGAGAACCAAAGCUGCAAGGUUCGGGCACUCUUCCAUGCCAGCCUUGACCGCCACAGCUCAGAAGAGGAGCUGGAGCGCAUCAACCGAGAGUUUGCGGCUGAGAAGCGAAAGUGGUCCCAGGUCAGCAGGCUGGCUUGCUGCAGCGACAGCAACAAUACCUCCUCCAGUGACGAAGAAGUGAAGAACUUGUGUGGGAUGUCAUUCCGGCCUGUGGCAGAGCAGGCUGAUGGCAUGCAUGCCAGCCCAAGCCCCGUGCUGUUCAGUGCCUCCCCUCCCAAGAGACUCCAACCCCUGGUGCGGAGCCCAGCCUCCAGACCUUUAAUCUUCACAAGCGUCGGGACAGGCCUUGAGCAAGUCAUGCCUUGUAAGAGACAUCGUCAAGGAUACGGGGAUAAGGUCAGCAGGCCCAGCCUUGACCUGGAAAAAAUGCAGCAGAAGAUGCUGCUCAAGAAGAACUGUGGAGCGAAGACUAGAGUUAUUAAAAUUCAUAGCAUCAAUGGAGGCCGCCCGCCGCCCCACUUUGUGUAUGAUCCAUCCACCUUUGCCUUCCGUUCCCUCAGCACCUUGAAGCCGCUGAGCCCGAUAGCUCCAGUGGAAGAACCGUCAUGUGCCUACUGAAGGAGUUUCUCCAAAAACCUCAGGAACUAUCAACCAACCACCUGCCUGGCAGGGAGAAGGGGAGGUGGUGAUACCCAAGGGGAUGGGUGGGAGAAGAAGGGGACAAUGACACAUCUUUGCAAUACAGCCUCUCUGGCAGCAGGAAGCAUAUGGCUUUGCAGCAGUGCCUGUUUUCAUACCAUCACCAUAUCUGAAUAAUGGCAAAGGAAGAGAUUUUUGUUUUUCAGGGCAAAACAAAAUAGUCAGGUCCACAAACUCAAGGGCAGCCACCAAGGCAGUGUCAAGCACAGAGAUGGCAGUAGCUGAAGGGGUUCAGUGGCUGUUAUGGCCUACGUGGCAGCAGGGAUGAGUGAUCAGGGUGCAAAACCAAGUUCAGUCAGUUUCCCAAGAGUACCUGGGUCUACAGUGCUUUGCUAUAGACCUGACCCUUCUUCCACUGAGAAGCAAGCUCAGGAUUGGAGAAGGAGGCUGUGCAGGGCUGCCUGCAAAGCAAGAAGAUCUUCUCUGAGAUUAUUGUAAUUGCAUUCACUUCAAGCUAUCUUGAGUGGUAGACCCUAGGAGAGAGAGGUGGGAGGGGGUAACAUCUAGCUGCAUGUUCCAGGUGGCAACUCAGUGAUAUUAUCUAAAUUGGGAUUGAGAUGGGAGGUGUGAGCCUCCCACUUGUAGAAAAUGCAGUGCCCACUUCAGUCCCCUCAGCAUCAUCAGAGAGAAGAACUUGGGGGUGACUGUGCUCUUGGCUCUCCUCUCUGCUGAGGCUGUCUGUGUUCUGGGAUAUGCAGUGCUUCUCCAUAGCAGUGACCCAGUACCCUGCUGCUCUGAUAUGAUGAUGAAGGUAACUGGCAUCACCAAACUCAGCGAAAUCUGUGUCCAGCAGCUUUCCAUUCCCCUGUUAUGCUACCUAUUAAAUUCUUGUAGACCCUCCCUUUUGUAGCAGUGGAACAAGUAUUCCCAGAUGUAGCAUGGAGUGGGAGAAAGAAGUCUCUGUUUUAUGGCCACCUGUUGGUAGAAGAAACAGAAGGGGAGUUUGGGUGAAGCUGUAGGACAUUUUUUCCAUAGACAAUCCUAAGACAGUUAGGACCAUGCUAGGCCUAGCUACCACCUGAGUUUGAUUGGGAUCUGGUCUUGAGGCAUGUAUGAAUUUUGUGCUACAAGGCAACAGCUAAUGGGACAAGCUCUCGCCUCUCUUGAUGUGGCAGAGUAACCCCAUUUCCUCUUGCUGCUCCUGGUGGAGAAAAUAACCUCUUCGUCAAGGUGUUCCCCACCUUGAGCCUGUCUCUGAUUGCAAGGGGGAGCGAGUAGUUUACUCUUGUCUGGAUCAAGGGGAGCAACUGGGAGUAAUAUAAAAUAAUUUUUUGGUUUUAAAUCUGCUCCGUUGUGGAGGUCUUUGAUGCUGCUCUUUGGAUGAGACCACUGGUCAAUCCAGCUGCCAGUAGGAGGCCACACAGUGAACCAGCAUUCACUGAUGCUUUCUGGGCCUUUCAUUGAGAGCCUUGGGAAAAGCCCAAAGGCUGUCUAGGCCUGGGGACCUGAAUCCCCCACCCCUGCCCUCCUCCCUCCCCAACCUCCUUUCAUGCAGGUGGACAGAGCAGCUGGGCAAGGCGGUGAGGGGACAUCUGUCCUGAUGCUGCCCCAGCUCUGCUCCAAGCCAUCACGGCUGGGCCACCCCCUGCACCAGCACCACCUCCAAGGGGUUGCUUGGGCUUGCUGGUGAGGUGCCUCUGGCAGAGAAGUCCCUUCUUCCUACAGAGGCUGAAUCCUCCUGCCCCUUUAGAGACUCUACUUACCUGGUUUUGAUGGCACACCUUAGCCUUGUAACUGCUGCCAGAUGGAGCUGACCAGUGCAGGACAGGAAGUGUCGCCCCUUUGUACCAAACUCCUGUGCUCAGGAGAAGGGACAGCCGUAGCCUGGUACCUUUCUGAAGAGGCACAUUCCCCGUCCAGAUGGCUGGGGCAGGAGCCCCCGUGUGGCCCCGCACCCCCAGGCUUUGCUCAGCGAGAGCUGCUGAGGUGUUUGGCCCCAGAAAUACGUUUCUGCCAGCCCCUGGGUGCGGCAGCCUGCCUUCCCCCGGGUGGGAGCGGGGAACAGGGAUGUCCUGCCAAUAUCGUUGCCUUUUAGUACUUUUGUAACUUUUCUCUGUCUUCUCUUUUUGAAUCUGAAGGAAAACAUAAAAAAAAAUUUAAAAACCAACAAUGAAAUAAAGUGUAACAGCUGCUAUAUUCA